GUUCUUCAAUUAGGAUCAGAACUCUCAUGUACUAGUUGUACUUACUUAAUUCAAUUGGUAUUGAGUACACGACCUCCCAAACAAGAUAUUCGAAGUAGAACAUCUUCAACAUCAUAGGUAAUUGUGAUUUUUCAACAUAGUCGUACGUAGAUUUAAAAAACCAAAAAGAUGACUUCUUCUCAAAAAGAGAAUGAACUUGCUUCUGAGCAAAACCUCUCCGCAACCAACGAUACCAAGGAGCCAACCAUCAGCGAGUUGGCUAAGCAGUUCUCUAUUCUCGGGACAACCUGCUUCGGAGGCCCAUCCGUCCAUUUGGGCGUGUUUCAGCAGAUGUUCGUUGGCAAGUGGUUUUCGGCAGCCCUCUUCGCGGAGUUGAUGGCUUUCGCCCAUGUCCUUCCGGGUCCAACGUCAACACAGGUUGCGUUUCUUAUAGGAUUAGUGGUUUUGAAACAAGGCAGACAAGAUUUUAUUGCUGAGAAUGGGAGGACGAAUGCCAUCAAAGGCUCUUCUACGUUAACAACGUCACUUUUGGGUGGAGGUGACAGAGCACCAUCACCUUCUAGCGGGACAUCUUCAUGGCCAUGGUUUGUGCCUGGUCUAGUGUCCGGAGGAUGUUUCAUCUUACCAGGAUUCCUCUUCAUGUGUCUUUUGGGGUACCUGACAAAUAUGGCACAGAGCGCACCUUCUGGAGCAGACCAGAGCCACAUUGCCGCUUGUUGCUUGAUUGGUAUGGCGAGGACUAGUGUUUUCCCCACUGCAUUGGUAUGACGAGCUACAUCUAGGGUUCUUCACGAUAUAUUUUUAAAUACUUACUUGUUGUACUUAUACUAGUCGAAGGAAGUGGUUGUUCAACCAAGAUGGAGGUCAUCGUUGUUUCAGAAGAUUCACGGACACUCACACCCUCGUCCCUUUUAAUACUCGCCUUGCGUCUGUUGGCUGGGGGAUGGUCGGGAGCGCUGCGAAGGGCAUGAUUGGUGGAACCUGUGCUGGGUCGCCUUGGAAACUGACUGUCUGUGGUGGGUCUUGCGUUGUGACGCUGCUGCUGUAUCCGACUCCCUACGUGGACUACGUUUUUCCACUUGUAAUCCUCACUGGAGGCGUUGUGGCAGUGCUGAAGGGAGGUACUUAUGGAACUUCAACUUUUUACAUUACUACUCAUGGUGCUGUGAUGUAGUUACUCAUGAUCUUGCUUUUGCUGUUUGUGUUGAUUCAUCUACUUCUAGUACUUUCGCGCACGACUGCUUCGUUGUCGUUUUUCAACACGCCUUAUCUGACUGUCACCAGGUGCGGCCGCCGCGACAAAAGCACCAUCAGCAGACGAGGAAAACCAGCAAGCUGACGCGAAAAACGGGAGUUGUACUGAGAGAACAACUAGCAGCACCACCAGAUUAGUCAGAGAAAAUCCAUUUGCUGUUUGCGUGCUCAUCCUUUGGACCGCAUGUCUGGGAUAUUCAUUAUCCUUCGCUCCUUCGGAUAAUGAGGCUUCGACGGCCAGUAAAAACGAAAGAACUCUAGUAGAGUUAAGGGUAGGUUAAAGGUGCUCAUUUUCUUACCGUUUGUUAUAGCUCUCCUAAGAGGGACGGCCAUAACAAACGGGAUAAACGAACACAAAAAGCCUACCUCUAAUAGAGGCACAGCAAGAGCAUCUUCAACCCCAGCUGCAACAAGAAGAUGGUCGUCUGUUCACUGUCUUUCCAGCAUUCUACACUACCGGAGCACUCGUAUUCGGUGGUGGGCCGGUCGUUUUACCGCUACUGGACAAGAAACUAGUAGACACUGGCAGAAUAACGAGUUCAGAAUUUCUAGCAGGCCUUAGUCUUGGUCAAGGCAUUCCAGGUCCGAUGUUCAAUUUGGGCACUUUUCUCGGAGCGCUCUGCCUUCCGCAAAACCCUUUUUUAGGCGCAGUGCAAGGAUGUCUCGGAAUCUUCUUGCCUGGAGUGUUGCUGAUCUUUGGACUGUUUCCUUUCUGGAGCGCAUUGCGGGAGAAGUCGACGCUCUAUCAGAGUGCUUUACCAGGCAUGAACAGCGCAGCAACGGGACUCAUAGGCGCCAGCGUCUUCGUCUUGUAUCAUCAGUUGACCGACCAAGUCGCGGUAUUGCACGGAGGAGAUGACGCGAAGCCGAGUCUGUCCUUGGGUGCGUACAUUUAAGAGGACGAUGCUGGAUUCUUACACGUCGGAAGUUCUUCAGCUUCAGCAAACUCCUCUAGCUUAUUCACGUCAUCUUGUUUUUGUCUCUUUGACCUCCAGCUCGUCUAGUUCUUUCUUUCUCUCUCUCUCUAAUCUCCCGUCCCCGCCGUUGCUAUUAUCGGAGCCCUGAUGACGGAUGUUUUGAAGAUAUCGCAGCCCCUGGCGAUCAUCGGCGGAGGCGUCUUUACUGCGAUUUUAGGAGGAGCUGGCGUUCUUUGAGGAGGCACGAGUGAGGGUGUCUGAGGAAGGAUACACUACAGAGUUCUUGAGGUCAGAUCCGGUCGUGAAUGUUGUAUGUGAAGAUGGUUGAAGAAAAGCAAGGUUAUAGCGUUUUAUCUGUUGUAAGUAUUUUUUAGAAGAUGUAUUACGAGAGGAUAGACGGAUUCCAAGACACAACUUAACACAGACAAUCUGCGUGACACUGAGCAGGAGCAAGAACCACUAGUACGUGGUCUAAGUUGCUGAAAGUGGAGGAAACGAACAAGUUUGAUUGAUGCGGAUAACUAAUACCACGCCACCUACGUGAGCCGUAUUUGAAUUUUUGUCGCGAAGUUAGACUUGUUUCGUGUUUGUACAGCUGAGCUCUCAGACUGUUGUAAGCUUUAUGUUUGAGAGGGCGCAAAGAAAUCAUGAUGUAGUUGCUAGG